CUCGGCCAUGGGCGAGCACCCCAGCCCGGGCCCCGCGGUGGCCGCCUGCGCCGAGGCGGAGCGCAUCGAGGAGCUGGAACCCGAGGCCGAGGAGCGGCUGCCCGAGGCGCCGGAGGACCACUGGAAAGUCCUGUUUGAUCAGUUCGACCCCGGGAGCACGGGCUACAUCAGCACAGGCACGUUCCGCAGCCUCCUGGAGAGCCACAGCGCCAAGCUGGACCCGCACAAGAGGGAGGUGCUCCUGGCCCUCGCCGACAGCCACGCGGACGGGCAGAUCUGCUACCAGGACUUUGUCAGCCUGAUGAGCAACAAGCGUUCCAACAGCUUCCGCCAGGCCAUCCUGCAGGGCAACCGCAGGCUGAGCAGCAAGGCCCUGCUGGAGGAGAAGGGGCUGAGCCUCUCGCAGCGGCUGAUCCGCCACGUGGCCUAUGAGACCCUGCCCCGGGAGAUUGACCGCAAGUGGUACUACGACAGCUACACCUGCUGCCCUCCGCCCUGGUUCAUGCUCACGGUCACACUGCUGGAGGUUGCCUUUUUCCUCUACAAUGGGGUGUCACUGGGUCAGUUUGUACUGCAGGUAACUCACCCACGUUACCUGAAGAACUCGCUGGUUUACCACCCGCAGCUCCGAGAACAGGCGUGGCGCUACCUGACAUACAUCUUCAUGCAUGCGGGGGUAGAACACCUGGGACUCAACGUGGUGCUGCAGCUGCUGGUGGGGGUGCCCCUGGAAAUGGUGCAUGGAGCCACCCGAAUCGGGCUUGUCUAUGUGGCCGGCGUCAUGGCAGGGUCGUUGGCGGUGUCUGUGGCUGACAUGACCGCGCCGGUCGUGGGCUCUUCUGGAGGGGUGUACGCUCUGGUGUCUGCCCAUCUGGCCAACAUCGUCAUGAACUGGUCGGGGAUGAAGUGCCAGUUCAAACUGCUGCGGAUGGCUGUGGCCUUGAUCUGCAUGAGCAUGGAGUUCGGGCGCGCCGUGUGGCUCCGCUUCCACCCGUCCGCGUACCCCCCGUGCCCUCACCCCAGCUUCGUGGCGCACCUGGGCGGCGUGGCGGUGGGCAUCACCCUGGGCGUGGUGGUCCUGAGGAACUACGAGCAGAGGCUGCAGGACCAGUCGCUGUGGUGGAUCUUCGUGGCCAUGUACACUGUCUUCGUGCUGUUCGCCAUCUUCUGGAACAUCUUUGCCUACACCCUGCUGGACCUGAAGCUGCCACCUCCCCCGUGAGGGCUGGUGGCCCCGGGUGGGGGAGGGGAGGGAGACGCAGCAUCCACGGGGCGUACCUGUGUGCUUUUCAUCAUCACCAGCUCUGUGAGGACAGGCAGCGGGGGCAGAACAGCGGGGCUGCUGUGAUGAUUUCGUUUUCGGACAGACAGUGAACUCCUUCCUGAAAGGCAUCUGGUGGAGGAGUUGGAUGUGGCUGCCAUCGUUUUUCUAGGCUGUUCCAGUGACAUUGGGCCAGAGUGAAAGCCUGGAGUGGAGUGACAGUGGCCUUCCCCCUCGGCCGGGCUCAUUCCAUGUGGCCAGGGACCCCUUCUGCUGCCACAGAUUGAGCAGCGGCCUUCUCCUCCUCACUCGCGACCCCGAGAGACCCUAAGCCACGUAGGAAGGCCCGCGGGUUGUCGUAGCCAGGCAGGCCUUUCUCCAGCCCAGAGAUGACGGCAGGCCAGGCAGCAUCCCCUCUACAGCUGCUGGGUCUGGAGCUCAGGUGAGAAGGGGCCUGUGGCGGACGUGUUCGCUUCGCACUGGCUGAGACCCAGUGCCGCCCUCCUGGGCCUGUCGGUGGGCACUGGGGCAUGGCCUCUAGUGCCUGGGCUGGGCAGAGCAGGGAGGUGCUGCAGGCGCCACGCCCCACUCUUGUCCUGGGGGUGCCCAGUGAGAGGGACCCAAACAGGAGGGAUGGGGUUCACCCCAAGUCCCACCCUGGGAAAGACCCAGCCCCAACCUUAGACUGCUCCCUCCUUUUCCUCCAGAAUGUUGACAUCUCAAACCAGUGCCCAGCCUCGGUGCUCUGCCUUGCUUUUAGGGUCGUCUUCUUUCCUUCUGCUGCCCUGGCCCUACUUUGUGCCUCUCCUUUGGUUGUGUGUGUGUGUGUGUGUGUGUGCAUGCGUGUAUGUGAGAUGGGAAAGACAAUGUGAGGCCAGUGGGAGCCUGUGCAGGGGGCUUGAGGUGGCAGAGUGUCCCUGAGAGGAGAGAAGGUGCUGAGCGGUGGUAGGGUGCGGCGUUCUGUGGUGCCGAGUAUCCUUGCUUUUUGCAAAGCUUGCCCCCUUUCCCGUCUCCUGUCCUCCCCAGGCACCUCCCUGAGCAUUGCUGACUAGCAGAGACUUGUCUGCUGGAGGGAAAUCUCGGGCCCUUCCAGGAACCCUUGGGAUGCUGAUGUUUUCUUCGCCUUUGCCAGGGUCUGCUCUUGCUCCCCUCUGGGAUGGCCUCCGUGUCUGAAAAGGUUCUAUCCUGUCUUCCUUAGGAGAGGAGGAGCCUUGGGGAUGCAAGAGAGGCUGGGGCAGGAAUAUCGAGGCCUUGUGUCCAUUUGAGUUGGGGGGACAGGAGGCUGCAGUAAGAGGAAUUCCAAUUUAGACAGGAAACUCUGCUUCUGGAGAGGAAUUGCUGGGUGCGUGCAUGAUGGCCAGAGGUGGCAGCAGCCAGUAGUAGACUUGGAGGCUUAGAUGUGGGAGGGAACUCAGGGACUGUCAAGUCCACCCUCACCCGUUUCACAGGUGGGAAUACGAAGUCGCAGGAAUGACCCCCUAGCAGGAGGUGGUGUAGGCUCCUCAUGGAGGGAGGGAGGAGGAUGACCUUUGACAAAAUAUAUCGCCCCUUUUCACUGCUUAUGGGACUCCCAGCCACUGGUAGUCCAGAAGGACAAAGAACCCCGGGCCUGGGAGGCAGAGGGCUGGGUCUGUGCAGGAACAAGAGCAGAAGUAUGGGACUGUC